CAUAAAUAAAGCACAAAUGCACAAUACACAACAAAGAAAUCUGGCAUCGCUGUGCAGAUGUUUAUUCCAUGAGAAUAUAAUUUUUGUAUUUGGCAACUUCUUGCUGACAGACAGACUCGACUUUGGUGAAAACAGAAAAACAUGGCGUCCCUAUCGAGUUAUCUCCCGGCGCCAACGCAGUUGACAUGGGAUCGAGACGUCGAAGAGCAAAAGGAACGAGCUAAUCGCCAAACGGCCAUCGUGGCCGCCACAAAGGCGAUACCUCAGUACGGAACUCGCAGUGGAUGGAUACCUCGAAAUGCGUCUGAUUUUGGAGAUGGAGGUGCUUUCCCUGAAAUUCAUAUGGCACAGUAUCCUUUGGAUAUGGGCCGGAAGGAUCAGGUGGGACAAAAAUCAAAUGCCCUAGCCAUCCAGCUUGAUGCAGAGGGAAAAAUCAAGUAUGAUGCAAUUGCCAGGCAGGGUCAUGGCAAAGACAAGCAUAUCUACUCAAAAUUCACAGAUCUUUUACCUGCUGAAAUCACAAAUGAAGAUGACCCCACACUACACAAACCUACAGAUGAUGAAAUUGCAGAUAUUACUGAGAAAACUAGACGAGCCCUGGAACAAAUUACGCACGCAAAGGUGGAAGCUGCACUGCCAGUACGUGCUGCAGAAAGAACUGGCCCUGCUCAGUUUAUUCGUUACACACCUGCCCAACAGGGUGAUGAAUUCAAUUCUGGUGCCAAACAGCGUAUUAUCCGCAUGGUAGAAGUUCAAAAAGAUCCUAUGGAACCCCCUAGGUUCAAAAUUAACCAAAAAAUUCCUCGUGGUCCGCCAUCUCCUCCAGCUCCCGUUCUACAUUCCCCUACACGUAAAGUUACUGUUAAGGAACAACAGGAAUGGAAGAUUCCACCUUGCAUUUCAAACUGGAAGAACGCCAAAGGUUACACAAUUCCCCUGGAUAAACGUUUAGCGGCCGAUGGCCGAGGCCUUCAACAGGUUCACAUUAACGAAAAAUUCGCUAAAUUGGCGGAAUCCUUGUAUAUAGCCGAUCGAAAAGCUAGAGAGUCAGUGGAACUAAGAGCUCAGCUUCAAAAGAAGCAGGCUCAGAAGGAGAAAGAGAAAAAAGAAGACACAUUACGGCAACUUGCCCAGCAAGUUCGUGAAGAGAGAGCUGGUCUUCGACCUGGUGGGGGAGGUGCCGCUGCUCGUGAAGAUGAUGAUGAUGCAGCUGAGCGUGACAACUUGAGACAAGAGCGGCAUCGCGAGCGACAACGUGAGCGCAACAUUACACGUGCCGCCCCUGGCGAUAAGAAAUCUAAACUUGAUCGCCAACGGGAGCGCGACAUCAGUGAGCAAAUCGCUUUAGGUAUGCCUGCUCGGGCUUCUGCUAGUGGCGAGACUAUGUACGACCAACGGUUAUUGAAUCAGACUCGCGGCAUGGACAGUGGUUUCGCCGAUGAUGAGGCCUACAAUGUUUAUGACAAACCAUGGCGCGAACAGGGCACUCUUUCCAGUAACCUUUACCGCCCAACUAAGAACCUAGAUCAAGAUCUGUAUGGCGAUGACCUCGACAAAUUGGUCAAAACUAGCAAAUUUGUCCCUGAUAAAGAAUUCAGUGGAACUGAUCGUUCUGGUCCUUCCGGCUCCCGCAGUGGCCCAGUUCAGUUUGAAAAGGAAGAGGAUCCGUUCGGCCUCGACAAGUUUUUGACGGACGUUCGCAAGGCCAGUAGCAAGCGACCAACCGAUACGGAUCGUUCAGAAAAGGACAAAGACAAGAGAAGGCGUCGAGACUAAACUUUGUUUUGCGUUUACGAUUUCGCGACUUUGUUUAAUUUCCCUCAUUUUAAACCUUUAUACAAAACAAAACAACAAAAAACACAACCAUUUUCAAGAAGACCACAAUACAUUUCAGAUAAAAUGUUA